AUGUGCUCGUGGUUCUGGCUUCUGAGCACGAUCGACAAGUGGCGGCGCGGACGUGCGCUUCGUGUGCACGGCACAGACAGGCCCCGCGGUCCCCUGGCAAAGUCGUCCGACGCGCACAACGACAAGCGCUGGCUGGGCCCCGAGGUCCGCCGGACCUACGUGUACAGCGACGAGGACGCGCUUAUCAAGUCGUCGGACGUCGAGGCGCACGCUGCCGAGGCAGAGGCGCGCGGCUUUGUUGUGCGCCGGGAAAAGUUCACCUCGCCGCAUGUUGCACAUGCGCGUGAUGACCCGGAGCGCUACUGGCGUAUUGCCAAGGAGACGUUCACAGGUACCGACCCCGUAGAAGACACCCAGCCCGAGGCAGACGCGGUCAGCCAGCCCGAGGCAGAGGUGACCCUUUAG